GAAAUUUCCCGGGAUUAUGUUUCGGAAAGGUAGGUAAGCGCCGGGCGCGGAGCCCGCUUUCCCGCAGCCCGGAGCCGGAGAGCCAGCGAGGCGGCGAGGCAGCCCCCGCGGCUUGCAGCGGAGCCGACAGCUCGUCUUCUCUUCUGGAGGUGCAGCUGGUGGUCGUGGGGAGAGACUUGCUCCAAACACGGACAUCCCCCAGCUCUCCGCCCUCCCUGUUUUCCGUUAGGAACCCGGCGAGGAAAUACAUGCACUGGCUGAGAAUCGCCCGCGUCAGGGCGCAACGCCACAAGGUGUAGGGAGUGUGUGGGGUGGGGCGAAAGGGGACCCCAAGAGUCCCUGUGGCUCGGAGUGCCGGGCCGUCGGUUCUUCAUUCCUGCCCUGGGGGCAGACGGAGUGACCCCGGCCCCCACUCCCCGCCCCGACCAUGGUAGUGUUCAAUGGCCUUCUUAAGAUCAAAAUCUGCGAGGCCGUGAGCUUAAAGCCCACAGCCUGGUCGCUGCGCCAUGCGGUGGGACCCCGGCCGCAGACUUUCCUUCUCGACCCCUACAUUGCCCUCAAUGUGGACGACUCGCGCAUCGGCCAAACGGCCACCAAGCAGAAGACCAACAGCCCGGCCUGGCACGACGAGUUCGUCACCGAUGUGUGCAAUGGGCGCAAGAUCGAGCUGGCUGUCUUUCACGAUGCCCCCAUAGGCUACGACGACUUCGUGGCCAACUGCACCAUCCAGUUUGAGGAGCUGCUGCAGAACGGGAGCCGCCACUUCGAGGACUGGAUUGAUCUGGAGCCAGAAGGAAGAGUGUAUGUGAUCAUCGAUCUCUCAGGGUCGUCGGGUGAAGCCCCUAAAGACAAUGAAGAGCGCGUGUUCAGGGAACGCAUGCGGCCAAGGAAGCGGCAGGGGGCCGUCAGGCGCAGGGUCCAUCAGGUCAACGGCCACAAGUUCAUGGCCACCUAUCUUCGGCAGCCCACCUACUGCUCCCAUUGCAGAGACUUCAUCUGGGGUGUCAUAGGAAAGCAGGGAUACCAGUGUCAAGUCUGCACCUGCGUGGUCCACAAGCGGUGCCAUGAGCUCAUAAUCACGAAGUGUGCUGGGUUAAAGAAGCAGGAGACCCCCGACCAGGUGGGCUCCCAGCGUUUCAGCGUCAACAUGCCCCACAAGUUUGGUAUCCACAACUACAAGGUCCCCACCUUCUGCGAUCACUGUGGGUCCCUGCUCUGGGGACUCUUGCGGCAGGGUUUGCAGUGUAAAGUCUGCAAAAUGAAUGUUCACCGUCGAUGUGAGACCAACGUGGCUCCCAACUGUGGAGUGGAUGCCAGAGGAAUCGCCAAAGUGCUGGCUGACCUGGGCGUUACUCCAGACAAAAUCACCAACAGCGGCCAGAGGAGGAAAAAGCUCAUUGCUGGUGCCGAGUCCCCGCAGCCUGCUUCUGGAAGCUCACCAUCUGAGGAAGAUCGAUCCAAGUCAGCACCCACCUCCCCUUGUGACCAGGAAAUAAAAGAACUUGAGAACAACAUUCGGAAAGCCUUGUCAUUUGACAACCGAGGGGAGGAACACCGGGCAGCAUCGUCUCCUGAUGGCCAGCUGAUGAGCCCUGGUGAGAACGGCGAAGUCCGGCAAGGCCAGGCCAAGCGCCUAGGCCUGGAUGAGUUCAACUUCAUCAAGGUGUUGGGCAAAGGCAGCUUUGGCAAGGUCAUGUUGGCAGAACUCAAGGGCAAAGAUGAAGUAUAUGCUGUGAAGGUCUUAAAGAAGGAUGUCAUCCUUCAGGAUGAUGAUGUGGACUGCACAAUGACAGAGAAGAGGAUUUUGGCUCUGGCACGGAAACACCCGUACCUUACCCAACUCUACUGCUGCUUCCAGACCAAGGACCGCCUCUUUUUCGUCAUGGAAUAUGUAAAUGGUGGAGACCUCAUGUUUCAGAUUCAGCGCUCCCGAAAAUUUGACGAGCCUCGUUCACGGUUCUAUGCUGCAGAGGUCACGUCGGCCCUCAUGUUCCUCCACCAGCAUGGAGUCAUCUACAGGGAUUUGAAACUGGACAACAUCCUUCUGGAUGCAGAAGGUCACUGCAAGCUGGCUGACUUCGGGAUGUGCAAGGAAGGGAUUCUGAAUGGUGUGACGACCACCACGUUCUGUGGGACUCCUGACUACAUAGCUCCCGAGAUCCUGCAAGAGUUGGAGUACGGCCCCUCCGUGGACUGGUGGGCCCUGGGGGUGCUGAUGUACGAGAUGAUGGCUGGACAGCCUCCCUUUGAGGCCGACAAUGAGGACGACCUAUUUGAGUCCAUUCUCCAUGACGACGUGCUGUACCCAGUCUGGCUCAGCAAGGAGGCUGUCAGCAUCUUGAAAGCUUUCAUGACGAAGAAUCCCCACAAGCGCCUGGGCUGUGUGGCAUCGCAGAACGGUGAGGACGCCAUCAAGCAGCACCCAUUCUUCAAAGAGAUUGACUGGGUGCUCCUGGAGCAGAAGAAGAUCAAGCCACCCUUCAAACCACGCAUUAAAACCAAAAGAGACGUCAAUAAUUUUGACCAAGACUUUACCCGGGAAGAGCCGGUACUCACCCUUGUGGACGAAGCAAUUGUAAAGCAGAUCAACCAGGAGGAAUUCAAAGGUUUCUCCUACUUUGGUGAAGACCUGAUGCCCUGAGAGCCCACUGCAGUUGGACUUUGCCGAUGCUGCAAGAAGGGGUGCAGAGAAGACUCCUGUGUUGGAGACGCUCAGCAGGUCUUGAACUACUUCUCCUCCUCAGAGCCCCAGUCCCAUGUCCACUGUCUAUUUAUUGCAUUCCCUUGCCCCAGGCCACCUCCUCCCCUUCCCACCUGGUGACCAGAAGGCACUCUCGGUUCUUGUCUCACCAGUAAUGCAGACUCGUUGGGUCAGCAGUUAGCUGUAUACACUGCCAUGUUUGGACCGUUGGCAAGCCUGGUUCCACUCCUCAGGGGCUCCUGGCAGUGAAGCAACUUCAGUUCUUUUACUGCAAAGAAAAGAAAAAAGAAAGAAAGCAAACAAGAAGACUCUGGCUCUGCUAUUGGACACAGAUCCUGACCCCUCUUGCUUCUUUUCCCUCCUGCGCCCCAGCUUGCCAUCCCUGCCCUUCUGUCCUAGAGAAGAGACUGGUGCUUCUCCGCACACACGAGAGAGGGUGCCCUCGAGGCAUGCCCUCUGAGGGAGGGAGACCAGAGAUGCAGGGAAUGGCCAGCUGGGUUGGUUUGCUCUGGAAUGGCUAACUCUUGCCUGCUUUGGUUUUAGCUUUUCAGCAUGCCAAAGUCAUGUAAGUUUGUGUCUUGUGGAAGAAAUCCUCUUUGUGGAAAAAGAAACGGGGUUUUGAACUCUAUUAACAUUUGAAAAAUAUAUUUCCAAAUUCACUUUCUAAUUGGCCAAAAGAUAUAAGUUCCAGUCUGAAUACAGGUAGAUAUUAAAGGGCUAAUACAAAAUGAGAAACCGAUCGUCCAAGGUGGAUGCUGUCAAUGCCCGAGGGACACAUGAGGGCUGUAUGAAUUGAGAGAAAAGGCAGCAAGUAGCAUUCCUCAUCAUUCAAGUUCUACCUGGACACAAAGGCAAAGACCCUGGGGUUCCAACAAAGCUCAGCUCCCAGAUUCUCUUUCCAGUUUCAUCCUAAGUUCCUAGCAUAAACACUAUUUAUUUUCUGCAGCAGUGUGUUAUUUUUGCGCACUUAUACAAAAUGGUAGUACUACUGUGUUGUGGUUUUUAAACAUUAAACAUGUAAAGUUAUAUAGGAAAUAUCUGCUUUUGGAAUAAGCAGAAUGAGGCUAAACAUGGGUUAUACAAAGGGUAUCUGGAGACUGAAGAGCAACUUGUUUGAAAACUGACAGUGUCGCAAGAUGUACUCAGUUUUGUUUCUGUGUGACAUGCAAUGGCAACUCAUGUGGACACUAUUGAAGGGAUGUGACAUUACCUCCUGUAGAUAUGCUAACAGUGUUAUUCUUUCAUUUCCAAGGGUUCUCUGUGGCUUUGUGUAUAUGUUUCCCGGAGGUCAUUUGAUUACCUAAUUUACUGAACUGAUUUAGCAGGGAAUGGAAUCCAUUCCAACUAUUGCACGUGGAUUUCCCAGCUGCCCCUAAAUAUAUAUACUUGUGAGUGGCAAAGUGGCACUAAUGAAGCUUUUGCCUUUUGUACAUUUGAGAUUUUUGUAUAUAGUGUUUGCUGCAAGGCCUGUGGAAUUAAUUCGUUGACUAUAGAGGUAUCAACUGCUGCAUGUUCAGGCAUAUUAUAAAACUUUAGUCUAUGAAAGAAUAAUUAUAAUAAUGUCCAGGUGCAAUACUCUGUCAGCGUAUUGGUUCAAGUUACCGAGAGAUAGGUGUGUUCCUUUAUGGGGGAUGGGGGAGUGUGUUGGGGAUUCUUUGUAUUGUUUAUUUCAUUUUGGUUUAUUUUAAAAGAUGUAAACAUAUAUUAAGCUAUCUUAAAUCUCACAUACAGUUCUCCCGUGCUCUAUUAUACCCUGAUAGAGAUGGGGGAGAGAAAGGAAUGUUUUUGAUGGUGGUUUCAAAGCUCGGACAGUAACUGUCUUGAGCCCACAGAGAGUCUGUGUCCAUAUUUGCAUCUGGCUGGUCAUAGCCUUUGUUACUAAUGAUGACAUUCAGUUCUUUUUUGUUUUUAUUUUUUAAAAACUCAGGUGUAAUUAUUAUCUGUUCUUACGAUAAUUGCAAAUAUUAAAUAUUAUAUCAAUUCAUGUGUUUGGCAUACCAGUGAAUGAUGAAGAACAUUAGAUUAAUUUAAUUUAUCUUCGGUAACUUGACAUUCUGGAGAGAGACUAUCUUCUGGAGUUGAGUACAAGCACAGAAACAUCUUUACGGUGGCAUCAUCUCAUUUUUUAGGAAGACAUGAUAAUACUGCCCAUCAUAUUCAUGUGUAACUACUGUUCUUUCUUCUGCUUUCUUCACCAUUAUAAACUUUGGACAACCAAGCAGGCUCUAACCGCAAUGCCAGAUGGCCUUCUCCAAGGGCCUGGUGUUUGCACGGCAGUGGGAACUGGGCCUUUCCUACAGGACAACUGGCAAGUUUGCUGGGAAGUCAAAUAAUACAUUCCACCUGGCAGCUGAAGGCAGUCAGCCGGUCUGUCCCAGAAAGGGCCCUUUUCAGCACCCAAGGCUGGGCUGGCUGGGAUGCCUCUGGCUGGUGAAGUUCUCACAUAGGCUAAUUUAAAUCCAGCAAAGGUCUAUAGAAAAAGGCUUGUGUGUUCAUUGAGUAAUCAUUGUUUCAUUUUCAUUUUUACAAGAGUUUGAAAAUAGACACACUCUUAAUACUUCUGCCAGUUUUUUCUAAUCUUUCCAGCCCCACCCCGUUUCUCUUUCUCUCUCUCUCUAAAAGAAAAAAAAAAAAAAUGGGAGUGCAAAAAAAAAAGAAAAAAGCCAAAAAAUAUAUGAAGGAUAGCUGUUCUUCUGUGUUCUCUCAUUAUGGACUUUGUGAAGUAGAAACAUAAUUUUUUUUCCUCCAAAGGUGAAAAAACAACGCAUUCUUGCUUUAAAAAAAAAAAAAGAAGGCUAAAAAAUUACCUCUUUUUAAAUUAUGUGCAAAAUAAUUCUGGCUAAGUGUAAAAUGUAUUCAAUUUUAGGAUUUUUUUUGUAUUGUGAUGCUUUAUUUGUACAUUUUUUUCCUUUCUGGAUGUAAUUUUAAUCUCUUGCCAUUCAUUAGUGUUAUUUCAUUGUAAACAUUAUUGUGCCAAAUGUACUGUAUUCAAAAGGAUGUGAAUGUGUAUUGUUUCAGAACCUAAUAAAUACAAUGACGUUAAGUCUUA